AUGAUUCUCGGACGCAAGGCCGACGAUUUCUUCGUCGCUGUCAAGCAACAUCUGGACAACAUCAAACCUGGUCGCCUGGACAGCAGUCUCGACGCCUUCCAACAAGCAGCCACAACCCUUGUCGACUUGUCCGGAGAUCUCAAAGGACAAGACAUUGCUCACCUCAUCUACAAUGCCAAAGCGACUUUGUUGUUCACACAGAUCUAUAUUGUGUUGGGUAUUGUGGUUGGUGCUCUGUUGAUCAGGAGGCUGGGAAGAUUCAUUCACCACGUUCGCAAAAGUCUAAGAAAUCUCAGCGAUGUCACCGAAGUUCAAAAGAACAUCCAUUAUCAGACUCAAUUCGGCGGAGCGGUUCGCCGAUUCAUUGAACAUCAGCAUGAUUUGCACGACAAAGCACACCUGAACGACCCACAGGAUGCCGUCUACUAUGUCUAUCAUCCUGGAAACGACUGGCAUGCAUCCUUUCACGCCGAAGACAUCUCCGUGAGAGGAUUCGGCGGUGUGUAUGACGACCUACCGGCUCUUAUCGAGCAUUUACGUACCAUCCGUGAAAACCCAGAGUUCAGUGCUGUCAUCUACGUUCUGCUCCCUUCAGCUCAUCGCUACGACUUCUCUAUCGAUCUCCGCUUCGAUGCAAACCUCCUGCCUCUCAGGAUCCGAGGUCAAAGAGACUACAACGGCAAGCCCCUUUGUCAUGGACAUAUCAGCGGAUUGUCACCAGAAAUGGACGUGAAAGAUGUUGAUCUUUCGCCAAAGAAACCAGCAAAUACCUGGUCUAUGCUUAGGAUCUUUUGUGCAGUGUUUGCUGUUCUAGUUCUGGCGUUUGCACUUCAUGAGACUAGCAUUGAUUAG